GCCCGUUCUUCUGCGGACUAGAAGGAAGGAGGAGGAUGAACCCUCUGCCGGUAUGUCGGAAGCGGGAGCAGGCGCUAGAUUGAAUUCCAUUGAAGUGCUUGUUGGUUAUGGACGGAACUUCAUGAGAGGGAGGAUCCAUUUAUAUGCACCUAAAGAGAGCCCUGCGAUUCUCUCUGGAGAUGUUGUUCAAAAGCCAAUGUUGGUCGAUGAUACAAUGAGACCAAGUGAAUUGGUUCAAGAGUGGCUGAGCAGUUGCGUCUCGCACCAUGAUCUUUGCCGAAAAGCCUUUUCUGGGGAUCUUGUCAAUGAGGAAACGAUAUAUCCUGGAGCACCUCACCGCCUUAUAGAAGUAUAUGAAAAAAGCGACGGAGCCUCUCAGCCAAGUGCACGGUUGAUCGAGCGCCGGCCACGAGUUGAUACUAGGCCUUACAUGUAUGUGGCUCUCAGUCAUUGUUGGGGUCCUCCCAAUGAACGUCCUUUGUGCACAACGAGAGCCUCUCUCGGACAACACAUGCUUCAGAUUCCUUGGGGUCAGCUCCCGCAAACAUUCCAAGAUUCAAUUCUGCUUUGUAAGGAGCUCUCGAUUCAAUAUCUCUGGAUCGAUUCUUUGUGUAUUAUUCAAGAUGACGAAGAAGACUGGAGUAUUCAGUCGAGAUUUAUGGGGCAGAUAUAUGAGCGUGCUCUUUUCACUAUCGCUGCCUCCUCGGCCAAAAGCUCCACUGAAGGGCUUUUCAGGAGCGGGAAAGCAGACCGAGUACUUGCCUACAUCGAACCAGACCUAGAGAAAUGUAUUUCUUCAUCCCCGUUAAACCAGCGAGCAUGGGUCAUGCAAGAAUACUUCCUUUCUCGCCGAAUCGUGCACUUCACCAUUCAUGGCCUCCUAUGGUCGUGCAAGAACGGCAAAGGGUCCGAAACGCAGUAUAUGAUGAGUGAGUUCGGGUCCAGCUGGGAGGCAGUGUCUGAAGAUGACUGGAGGGCUUUAGUCCAGAGCUAUACCCGGCGACAACUCACAUACAAAUCCGAUAAACUCGUUGCGAUAGAAGGCCUCUCACGUCAAUUUUCAUAUCGGUAUAAAAUUGACAGAUCAUUUCAAUAUCGUCACGGCCUCUGGCUGGAAAAUAUGCCGCAUGAUUUGAUGUGGUAUGGUGAGGAGAGACUUGUGAGAGACAGGGGUAACUACAUUCCUUCUUGGAGUUGGGCCUCGACGACCGGUCCGAUCUCUUUCAAGGCAUCCGUGUUCGGAAACCCGGAAGUAUUUCAUGCACAUGUUACUGGAGGAAACUUGACCUUCAUCCUAGGCAUGGAAGCGCUGGUGAGAAGAAUCGACGACUUGGAAGGUCCGGUUCGAUGCCAAGCUUUCUGCUUCGAGGAUGUUCAAGAUAUGGGUUCCACGGGUCGAAUGCAUGAAGAAUACAGGGACAGUAGUGUCCAUGUGGCUCCUACAUUUGUCUUUCGGUCUGGGGGAAAGAAGGUGGGCUGGGGAGUUUUCGAUCAGCAUGAGGAGCCAAGCGAGGAUGUCUUUUGCUUACCGCUCAUAAAGCAGAAGGUUUGGGAAGGCUUCGCUUCGUCCAAAGAGCAGCACUUUUUGUGGGUUUUACUCGUGAGUUCGGUGGCCCCGGGGAAGUUCGAACGGGUCGGGUGGGGUCUGCAUUUCGUUCCUUCGUGGUUUGAUGGACUCAUUGCGAGACUUAUCAGCCUUGCCUGACAGCGGGGUGCAACUGUUGGGUGCGGUGCGCGGUUUUCGGUUUGAAGAAAGAAGACAAAGAAGAGAGAGAAGUAGAAGAAGCCAAAAUGGAACUCCUAGGUUGUUGUCACAAAGAGGAAAGACGUGAGCAAGGUAUCAACUCGCUCGCAAAUGCAGGAGCAAAGAAGCAAAUGAAGUCACUCUUCUUCGUGAGGGAAGGAGCGAGAUACAAAAGAACGAGCACGCCAGUUGGAUAAGGGGCACGUACAUACAUUUGUAUUUCCUACACACUCAGUACAUUCUUGAUUCUCCAGCCAGCCGAUACCCAAUAACC